AUGGCAGGCGGACGCGCAUCCACGCGCACGAGCUACAAGGAGGCCGACAGCGACGACGACUGGCUUGCGGGCGAUGAGGAAGGCGCGACGAAGGUGUUCGAUGACUUGCCGCUUGUCAAAGGGGUGAAGGGCAAGGCGGGCGGAGCGAAGGGCACGCAACGCGUUGGCGAUACGUACGGUGCUGGACCGCGCAAGAAGGCGAGGAAGUCGAAGAGCAAGGGCAAGGAGAAGGUGAAGGAGGACGAGGACGAGCUGCAAGAGACGGAGAAGCAGCCUGAACCGCUCUUCAGCCUCGACUUGCUCCUCAAGCUCCCGAACGAUCUCUUCCUCGAGGCAGGUUCCGCUCUCCCGACUACCUGCGGUCACAUCGACACUCUCGGCCUCCUUCACCUGUCGAGGAAGUGCAAGACGAUGCGGAAGAUGGUCUUCUCGCCGACGAUGACGGGCGCUUGGUCGGUCUCUCGCCGCCGCGACGAGAUCCCUCUUCCCGACGGCAUUUCGGAGCUCGAGCUCGUCGCUUUGAUGCACGGGGAAGGUUGCCAGUUCUGCGGCAGCUCCGAACGCUUCCACAGGGACUUUUUCUUCCGUAUGCGCUCGUGCAGUCGCUGCCGCAAGCAGUACGUCAUCCUCGACAACAGGCUGCGCAACGCCUGGCCUGACCUCCACCCGAAAGCCAAGCGAUGCGUCUCGUACAGCGACUUUGAUCUGCACCGCUAUCGGCCGCACAAACGCGAAGAGCCUGCCUACCUCAUCGAGGAUCUGGACGAGGUCAACCGCGAAUUGCUCGAGCUGCAAGAUGAGGACGACUUGGCCCCGUUCGCGGCCGCCGCGGUCGCAGCUUCGACCAAUAGCUACUGUCGCCCUUCGCCGCCCCUUAUGAGUCAGCCGAAGCCAAAGAGCCUCGUCGACGACUUUGUUGCGCUCAAACAGGCUGAGGUCGCGGUCAGGCAGAAGGAGUCGCACGCGCUUCAGAAGGGUAUCGACACGAAGAGGCAGCGCGACAGCGAGGAGUGGAGAGCAAAGAGGGAUGGGCAACGGGAGGCUCGGAAGAAGUUGGCGGCAGAAUGCAGCCCGGUACUCGUCGAGAAGUAUGGAUGGACGGAAGAGCAGGUGGCAUUCUAUGUUCGCCAGGCCGACCUCUUCGGGACGAGCGACAAGAUGCCGAAGACCUCGCCCGAGAUCAAUCGAGAGGGCUGGGAUGCCUAUCGGGUCGAGGUUCAGGCUUCCCUCGAACGUUUCGCCAAAGCCACGGCUGAGCACCGCAACUACGACGCGCUAAAGCCGAUCUACGAGCAAUACUGCAGAAGCGCAGGCGCUUUCGCUCAGCGUCUCCCGAACAUGGGCGACUUGACGGAGCUGCCGGUCUUCAAGGAUUGGCUAAAGCACGACUGCCCUCCUUUCGACGAAGCGCUCUGGGAGAGUCGUCUUCCGCCGAUCGAACAGACGCUUCAGAAGUACGCCGAAGAGCUCCGCAUGACCGCCAUCAAGACAAUACUGCACGCAACGACCGGCGUCUCGACCCUCAAGCUCUCGAAGGACCCCGCCGACUAUCCCGAGAACAAGUACGACGAAGCCUUCUUCGCUCGCCCGACGUCACUGUACUUCGGUACAAUCAGGGAGUCCGACGGUGUCUGGGGCUACACCUACCGUUCCGCUUCUUUCGCCUUUCCGGAAUGCCUAGAGCACUUCCACUGGAUCGACUGGAGGCCGAAGCAAACGCAGCUGCGCAAGCAGACGAACCAGCGCCACGUCUUCUUCGUCCGCCUGAUCCUUCGCGCAGCCGAGCUCGACGACGACACCUGCACGUCAAGCGACCUUGACGACUUCGGCGAGCGCUUCACCUGGCAGGACAACGCCCCGAAGUCGGCGCAUGGGCGCUUGUUCGGCUGGAACAACCUUCUCUCUAGGCUCGACAGCAGCGGUCCGACGCUCAGGGAGCUCGAAGCGGGUGACGUCCCGAAUAUCAAGCUCUUGCCGCUCGACGAUCCUCGCGUCAAGGCUGCCAAGCGCGCAUCCGGCGGCGCCGUCGACUCGAGCGACGAGGAGGACGAGUAA